UCGGGGUGCCGACCUCGUCCUCCAACACUGAAGAUCGUGUCGUCCAACCUGCUGCGCCUGUGCCCGUGGCUCCGCAAGUUCCCGCGUGCCGAGCCCAGGGCAGGGCGCCGAUGGAACCGCCGCGAUGUUCGCUUCCAGGCUGCUGGAUUUCCAGAAAACCAGAUACGCCCGGUUCAUGAACCACCGAGUCCCACCCCACAAGAGGUACCAGCCCACGGAGUAUGAGCAUGCAGCCAAUUGUGCCACCCAUGCUUUCUGGAUUAUUCCCAGCAUCCUGGGCAGCUCCAACCUCUACUUCCUGUCAGAUGACGACUGGGAGACCAUAUCUGCCUGGAUCUAUGGCCUUGGCCUGUGUGGCCUUUUUGUGGUGUCCACGAUAUUCCACACCGUCUCCUGGAAGAAGAGUCACCUCAGGAUGGUGGAGCACUGCCUGCACAUGACCGACCGCAUGGUCAUCUACUUCUUCAUCGCAGCCUCCUAUGCGCCCUGGCUGAAUCUUCGGGAGCUGGGCCCCUGGGCCUCCCACAUGCGCUGGCUCGUCUGGAUUAUGGCCUCUGUCGGUACCAUCUAUGUGUUCUUCUUCCAUGAGCGGUACAAACUUGUGGAGCUGCUCUGCUACGUGGUGAUGGGGUUUUUCCCUGCCCUGGUCAUUCUCUCCAUGCCCAACACGGAGGGCCUUUGGGAGCUGGUGACCGGAGGGGUCUUCUACUGCUUGGGCAUGGUGUUCUUCAAGAGCGACGGGAGGAUCCCCUUUGCCCACGCCAUCUGGCAUCUCUUUGUGGCAUUCGGUGCUGGCACCCACUACUAUGCCAUCUGGAGGUACCUCUACCUGCCCAGCACCCUACAGACCAAGGUGUCCAAAUGAAGCAGCCCGCACUCCGUGGAGCAGCGCAUCGAGGGAGGUUACCUCCGAACGCUCGCCUAGAGUGUAGUGUUGAGACCUGUUCUCCCUUCCCUGGGUAGAGUUCUCGAGGGGUCUGCAGUCCCUUCUGGUGACAGCCAGAUUACUCCAGGAGUCCCUGCAGGGAAAGCCAGUGUGUAGUCAUUUCUGUGGAGGAGCCAUUAACCUUAUAGUGUUUCUACUUUAGACAAGUGUUCAUAAUCCAACCAAUCUUAACAUCUCCAGAAAAGGGCACAUGGAGAAUGAUGGGCCAAGGGGUCCUGAGAAACCUGGCAAGGGGUCUGGUGCACUGUGCAUAGCUGGGUGCUAGGGCUUCUGCCCAAAGUCCUGACUGGGGGACAGUCCCCUUGGGAGAGAUGGGGGACUGGGGAUAGCUAUGACCUUGGCAGACAUCACCGAUCAAUUGCAGCAAGUAUGAAUUCCUUCCAACACAGCACUAUGGGCAGCCCACUACCAAUCAAUUGUGCACUCAUGAUGGAACCUCUUGACCUGUUUUACUUAGUGUGUGAAACAGAUUCAAGGCCAGAGCAGUUAAAAGUUGCCACGUUGGGGAGCAUGCGUACCUCCAGGCACUAGUGUCCCCCCACUCCCUCUCCCUUUCCCCUCUUGGGGAGGCUUCUGGAGUGAGCAGGUUGGAGUCAGAUGAGAGAAACUGGAGCAUAUAGCCAGAGAGAUGGAAGGAUACACGCAGGCAGGUGGAAUGAGGAUGUCACUACUCGUCCAUUCCUUCUCGUCCCUCAAAAUCCAGAGACACGGCAGAGCUACAUGUUCACCAGAGCGCCAAGAAGACCCCCAGACUUGCUCUUCGGGACUCAUGAUGCCAACAUAUGGAGUGUCGCUUGGUGCCACUCAGGUGGGCCCAGGAGCGAGGCCUCAGCCUCAGCUAGACUUCUGCCUGGGCAGAGCGUUCAGGCCCUCAGCCUCUGAAGUCCCCAUUGCCCAGCUGUGUGGCUGCCAGGGCCUGUCCUCCCCGGCCUCUGAGGCCGGGCCAGCCUUCUGCCCAGUGCCUCCUGGACGUUUGCUGGAUGGGGAAUGGCUGCUCGAGCUUGGGGUCUGAACUGACACCUCGGAAUUUCUGGGUAAAAAGUCUGACCUGUGUUGGAAGGCCUUUAUUCCACACCUCCCAGCCACAGGGAGGAGGGUGAGGGUGGGCCAAGACAGGGUGCCUUAUACUUUCCUCUAGCACAUUCCAGGGCAUUUUGGGGCUCAGCUCCCAGAAUCCUGCGUGUCCAAGCCAGUAUUCUAUUAAAAGUUCAACACAUUCCUCAGA